AUGCACUGUGUGGCAGCCUACCUCCUGGCUGUCUUCAGCGGCAAUGAUUCCCCUAACUCCAAGGACCUGUUAAAGAUCUUGGACAGCAUGGGCAUUGAGAUGGACAAGGAGUGGCUGAAGAAGGUCGGCAGUGAGCUGAGUAGCAAGAACAUAGAAGAUGUGAUUGGCCAGGGGAGCAGUAAGCUGGCCUCCAUGGCUGCCGGUGGUGCUGUCGCUGUUGCUACCAGUGCUGGCUCUGCUGCCCCAGCUGCUGGUGGCGCUGCCCCUGCUGCUGCAGAGGAGAAGAAGGAAGAGAAGAAAGAGGAUUCUGAGGAGUCUGAUGAUGACAUGGGCUUUGGUCUCUUUGACUGAGCACCCACCC